UUUCAUUUUCAACAAACACCACAUCAACUUAACGUUCGAAACAGAAUACGACAAUUAAAAGAUUUUAUAACAGUCACACCAGAUUGGAUCAAUUAUGCUAUAAUUGAUGAAAUUACAGAUUCAUUUGCACCAUUAAUUCGUAAGGUAGAAUUUGAAUCCGAUGCAAUCGAUCUUAAAAAAUCCGAACAACAAGAUAUGUUAGUGAGAAUAGGAUUAUGUCGUAAAAUGGUAGUGUCAUUAUUAAGAAUGUUACAACCCAAAGCUGAUGUGAUAAAAGCAUUAAUUAAACGAAGUGAAGAAAGAUUGGUGGUUACUGGUUGUGAAAAAAGUGGUCCAGGUGACGUGAAUCUUUAUUUAGGAGAUAUCCAAGAUCAUAUAAUUACGAUGUUGCAGAAUCUUAAUCACUAUGAGAAAAUAUUAUCGCGUGCACACUCUAAUUAUCUUGCACAAAUAUCAGUAGAGAUUACACAAUUAAGCAAUCAAACUAAUGAUAUCAUAAAUAAAUUAACAAUGUUUGCUUCUAUUUUACUUCCAUUAAAUGUUGUCACGGGUUUAUUUGGUAUGAAUGUUCAUGUACCUGGUCAAGAUGAUGAAGAUUAUAAAUAUUUUAUUGGCAUUUGGUAA